AUGGAUCCGGGUGGAAUUCAAAUUUUUUGCGGAAUCAAAAGUUGGAAUUUUGCGCCCGAGUGGUAUGAGAGAAAUGGAUUCUCGUUGGGACAUUGGCUGAACCGUCCGAAUCCUCGUCAAUCAGUUUUCCAAAACCUGAUCAUCAAUUUCGAAAGACUGAAACAACUGACACCUCCUUCAUUUUUAAUCAUUAAUUGCUACAUUGACCUGAUGAAAAAUGUGACGAUUCGCCAAGUAAUCGACUCUCCAGACCUACAAAAUUGGGAUCAAAUCUAUUUUUAUGGCAUUGAAAAUACGGGUGAAGUGUUAAAAUGGAUCAAUGAAAUCAGUAUGAGACAGGAGCUACGCGUUGAUUUCGAUUGUGAUUGGAUCAUGGUUGAGAAGAGGUUUUGUAAAGUCCCAGAAUUGUGA